UUAGCACACCAGAUUCUUUCAGGUAUGUGGCAUUUUUUGGAUCAUAUAACAAUAAAUAAACAUGAAUAUUAUAAUAAACAUAAAUUCUUGUUGCAGAUCUGUUGGUGAAAAAUUUGAUAUGAGCAAGUCUUCGCUUAAUGACAGUGUGCGUCGUGUUGUUCAAUCAUUAAACAGUAUUGCAAAUGAAGUCAUUACAUGGCCUAUAGGUGAACAAUUGGCAGCUUCAAAGGAGAAAUUUAACCAUCUUGGAGAUACUCCUAUGCCCGGUGUAAUAGGAGCAAUUGAUGGGUCUUACAUUUUUAUAAAGCAACCAAACAUUCAGGAAGUUGCCCUUCAUUAUAAAUGCAGAAAAAUGCAAUAUGCUAUAGUUCUUCAAGCAAUCUGUGACGCAGAUUUGCGGUUAAUAGAUUAUUUUACGGGUUAUCCUGGAUCCGUAGGCGACUACAGAAUUUUUCGGAACUCGGAUAUUUGUAAACGUAUUAAUAGAAACCCACCAGCCUUUUUUCCAAAUGGCGAAUAUAUUAUCGGUGAUAAAGCAUAUUCUAACGUGGUGUAUUCCUCCUUUCAGAGAUAACGGGCGUC